AUGCCAGCAGCCCGAAUGCCUUCUCUGUUAGAACAAGCUUUCGCGGUAUCAGACCAGAAGAGUUUUGAAGAUGUGCUUUAUGCAGCCGUCAAGUCGGCCGCCUACACUACCUGCCUUCCAAAAGUCGCCACCGCCGAGGACGCAGCUGUCUCUCUCAGCAGUCAGUCAAUCAAUGAGACUUCUAGCGAGGCGGAAUUGGUGGAAUACAACCACCUUUUAGAGUCCAUCUUUGCUGAUUUUGAGGCUUUUCUGGCCAACGCUUUUAUUGCCAACUCCGGCGGAGACGUCAAUGCCUCAGUCUCGGGAUCUUUAUCAGCGCCAAAACCGUCGACGAGCAGACAUGAUACUUUGGAUCGACUUGCCGAGAGGCUUUCUGCUGUAUGCCCCAAGGUGAGAACACCAUGUGGUCGAAUCUUUGAGGAACAGGAACCGACAUUUCGCUGCAAGGAUUGUUCAACAGAUGCAACCUGUGCUUUCUGUCGCUCUUGCUUUUUCGCCAGUAUUCACGCCAAGCAUAGGUACAAGAUGCAUGCAUCGGGUGGUGGCUACUGCGACUGUGGAGACGAAGAGGCGUGGACAAGUGGCGCCUGGUGUCGAAUUCACUCGGGGGAAGGCGAUGAGGCCUCUGCCUCGAACGUGAGUGUCUUACGCACUGUCGCCGAUGAGCAAAGUUUCGAGAUGAAGCGCGUGCAAUCCGUUCUCUCCAAACUUCCCGAAGAUCUAGUGCGCCGCUGUGACUACCUCCUUCAACCCCUCAUUAACAGUGCUUCCCUUGUGCUCUUUCAGCUCCUUCAGGGCUCAGCUCGUACUGAUUGUUUGCCAUUAAGUACUGUCCCCAGUGACACGAAAGAGGUGGAGCAGGAAUUUGAUAAACCUAGUGAGGAUAACAAUUGGCCACCUGGUUUGAAUCAUCUUUCCAAUACCGCCAUCGAAUGGGACGCCACUCAAUUAGGCCUGCGUAGCUUUCCCCGCACGUGUCCCCGAGUCUGCGAUGCUCACAGCAUGGAGCAAAGGUGUUUGGAUCAGCUCGCUAGAGCUCACAGCCUCCAUCCUGCUCUGUUUGACAUUACUGCCUCCUCUGCCGCCGAAUCUGCCUCUUCGGUCUCGAGCAAGCAGUACAUUGUAGUGCUUUACAACAAUGAAUUUCACAACUAUGAGGAUGUCAUCAGGAUUGUCCGACGUGUGGAUGGCUGUACCUCAAAGCAGGCCACUCUCUUUGCCAUCAUUGUUAAUCGUGACGGUAGAACAUCGCUCCUCACCAACCUCACGCUCCAGGCCGCAGCUCAGAAGGCCGCAAGAGUUUCGCAAUCUCCGGGGUCACGCCACCUGGUACGUCCUCUGCGUGCGGCCGUAAUGGAGCAGGGCGUGUACGCGAUGGAGAACUUCUUUGUAUCUGUCCUACGCUGGCUUGAGCGGCUGGCUAUCCGCGUGCUGCCACUGCGCCCCCUCGUCUGCAAUGCUCUCCUCGGUCGCUUCUUAACCAGUACGGAAGCCUCGCGUUCUGCUUCCUUCAUCCUCCCACCCUCUGAAAUGAUGCUGCCGAACAGCCUCCUCUGGCACAUCUUCCAUCGGCUAACUCUCUCUUAUCGAGGUGUUCGAAAGACGGCGUCUCGACUGAUCGCCAGUGUCUUGCUGCAAGAGCCCUAUCACCGACGCAUCUUUGCGAUUGAAUUUACUCGACUAUAUGAUGUCAUUUCACAAGCCUAUGCCUACGAUGAUCAUCUGAAGGCAGAUACUCUUCUCAAUAUGACAUGCCAAUUCUACACUGUCACUAGUCUGUCAAAGUGA